GUACGGAGUGCAAUUGCACGGCAAGGUGAAAAUGUGAUAAUGCUGUAGCCAGAUAGUCAGUGGGAGGACUUUGCAUGCUAAAAACUUAACAUUGUCACGGUCAGAUAUGUGAGGAGAGAAAAGCAAAAGACCUGUCCUCUCAUGGGAAAUCUGUUCAUUUCCAACCCCAUGCUUCCCUGGUGCACUGUAGAUAUGAAGGAACUAAUUAGAUAUAGGCCUUUCAAUUUUGUCUGCAGACAUGAUAAGGCUAAAUCAUUUCCCAGCAACACUUGGUAUGAAAUUGAAAAGAUAGAGUUCCUCAACGUAGAGGAAACGUUUCUUUCAUGUCCAACUGGAAUGAACAGCAUUUGGUAAUUGAAGACCACAACAUGGCAUCCCAGAUCCCAGCGCUCCCACAGUCCUAUGCUCCAGGGACUGGCAGCGUCUUUUCUGACCAGGCAGGCUUUUACGCUCUGGACUCCAGUGUUCCUGGGCUCUCUAAGGUGAUUCUCAACAAGCUCAACAUGAAGGACUACAGUGAAUACAGGGCUGCUGUUGAGGGAAAGACGAAAGGAAUCUCAUUCCGCAACUAUAAGGAGUUGUUCCAGAAGAUGGAGGAGACCUUCAAGUUCUGCACCGGCUGCAGCAAACUCCCAGAGCAUCUCACCGAGGGACAGACCCUGAAGCGCUGUGUGAAGUGCUUGAACGUGUACUACUGCACCAAGGAAUGUCAGAAAAAAGACUGGCCUCAGCAUAAAAAGUUCUGCAAGAUGCUGCAUCUGGUGGCCAUUGACAGACUAGUGGAGUGGCUGAUGUUCACUGGAGACCUCCCAUUCCCCACUGAGAAGUGGUCCAAGUCAGCUGCUGAGGUGAAGCACUGGGAAGACUGGCUUCCCAUGCAGGAGGAACUCGCGUCACGUCUGGACGCCAUACUGUCGGGUGCCUACAUGGCAACCCUUUGGAAGAAUGUCAGCAGGCCAAGGCCGGAUGACUCUGAACUGAAACAGUCUUUAUGGCGGAUUCAGAGCGAGUUCCUCUCUCGAGUUCUCACAGUUGGGCAGGCCGUGCAACGUUUUCGCCUUGACCCGUACGCUAAGCCUCUCACCAUUCACUUAGCGGGGACAUCCUACAAUGAGACCAUGGGGGCCAGAUUGACUGACUACGAUGAGCUGAACAACAUGUUCCCUGAACACCAGGGUAUCGAGAUAGUCAUGGUGGGUCCAGAGGUGGUGGACGGCCCCAUCAUGAGGCCUCCUCUCAAGGCGUUUGGCCCCAAGCAGAGGGUCUACAUCAGUGCCCACAAGGGCCUCUACCACCAGUUCUGGGAGGAUGUGGUGGAGAAAGAGGAAGGAGCUAAGCCAGAUUUGGUGGUUGGAUUUCAUCCUGGGUUCCAUGCUAACCAGGGUCUGAUAGAAGGCUGGCUGCCCACCCUUCUGCUGCUCAGAGAUUAUAACAUCCCUUCACUCUUCACUAUGUACAGUGAGAACGAGCUCAAGUGCUCACUCCAGAUUCUGUUGGAGUUGGACAUACACAUCAGGGACAGUGGACCCAACCCAUUCACCUCACAGAAACCCGAGCAGGUCCAGUCCUGCCCCAACAAUAGCCCAGUCUACUGCAACUCUCACUACAUCUGUUUCCAGGGAAUACUGCCUGAAGAAGACUUAGAGGAAGCCGGGCCAGACAGUUAAGAGGCCAAUGUGAGGGGAAAAAAAGCCUGUUUUGGUCCUCUAUGUUAAAGAUGUGGUUUUAAAAACAGGAUUUUGUGACUUCCUGAGGUUCAUGUGGUCUUGAACAUUGCUUAGCUGUGCUGACACUUGGUAUACAUGAACGCUGAAGCUAACAUUCUCAUUUGGGGCAGAGAGGGCUUUUAAUAGAGAAAAAUGCACCUUCAUUGCUGCAGUAAUAUACUAAACACUGCCCUUUAUAUUCUGAAAUUAUCAAUUAAUGAGACAGAUUACAGAAAUCUCUCAAAGCUCAUUAUUUAGAAUGAUGGCACCUGAGGGCGUCAGUGGGACACAAUGAUUUGUACUGUGUUGGUGCCCUGAGGUGGCAUCAGUGUUGAAUAUUAAGGGUCAUAAUGAGACCAAAAUUCAUCAUUUGAUGUAAAUUGAUCUGUGGGUACACCUAUUCCCAAAUCUCACAAUCAGAUCACAUGCAUGCUAAUGUAACUCAUGAUCUAAUAUUACACUUAAAUAAACUAUACAGUGCCACAGCGCUCAAAUUUAACUAAA